CAUUAGGUUCAGACAUUAGAUUCAGACAUUAGAUUCAGACAUUAGGUUUAGACAUUAGGUUUAGACAUGUGCUUUGCCAGAUUCCUUCUAACCAGUAACUCUUCACUCUGUUCGUCUCUCUUCUCCUCCAGCAGGAAGACAACGUGAUAGACAUCAGAGAAUAUGUCAUCGCCUUAUCGGUUGUAUGCAGACCUGCUAAAACUCUGGAGACCAUGAAACUGGCCUUCAGGAUGUUUGAGGCGGAGGAGGACGGUGCGAUCACAGUGGCUGAGUUGGCCUGCAUCCUAAAGACGGCGUUAGGAGUGGCUGACCUCGACGUCUCACGUCUCUUCGCUGCUAUCGACACAGAGGACACGGGGAAACUCACCUUUGGCAAGUUCAGGAGCUUUGCAGAGCAUCACCCAAACUUCAGUGAGGACUACCUGUCCACAGACAAUACAGGCCGUAACGGCUGUCCUCACCAGCCCAAGGCCACGCCCAACGCCAAGCCUCAGACCAACGGCUUCUGCCUGACUUCAGCCCAAAGGCCCACAGGCAACCUCAGCAUGGUUAUGUACAAGAACCGUAAACUCAACGGCUAA